AUGAGCCGCCCAAAUACUGCCCUUGAGAUAAACUCUGGGUCUCAGCCUGGGCCAAGAAACCCUGAGCGGCCAGAAGGUCUUACUGCGGACGGAGACUACGGCCCCAGCCCGCUGGAAAACCAGCUCAGCGUGGAGGACUUUGCCAACAUCCAGAGGGCCUUUGAGUCUCCAGAGCCAAGGAAAACCAUCCGCAUGUCCAGAGAACAGUUCACGCAGAGGAUGACAGAGGCUGUCGGCUGGGGCACCAGGGAGGAAUACGGGGAGCUCUAUGACAAAGUGGACGUAGCCCGGGAUGGCUUCAUCACGUGGGACAAGCUGACCUCGUUUAUACUUCUUGCCCUUUAUGAAGAAGAGGAACGGGCAAAGUCGACCGUGGUUCCCCAGUGGAGGGACCUUGAAUUCCUCCCAGUGAAACACAAGGACACCAUUCAAAAAGUAACUUUCCUAAAAAGUUCCUGUCGGUAUGUGACUAUCAGUAAAGAAGGCUUACUGGGGAUCUGGGGAGAGAAUUUAAAGCUGCAAGAAACACUUCCCAUCACCUCGGAUGCUGCAAAGCUCAAACACCUGUGGGUGACAAGUUUGGUCGCUCUGGAAAAUGUAAACAAGAUAGCAGUUGCUUUUACAAGUAAAGAGAUUGGUUUCUAUGAUCUGCUGUCCAAAGAAGAAUUUUCUUGUCAAUACAAACUCCAAGGCCUGAAAGGAGCACCAAUUUGCCUGGAUUAUUGGUAUGACCCUCUUGAUGCCAAUGAAUCGAUUCUUUCUUUUGGGGACAUAACUGGAAAGGUUCAAGCCAUCGCUUUCACGGCAGCCUUGAUUUCCCUCUUUGAACGGCCUGUGAGUGCGUGUGAAGACGGAGGAGCCGCCAUGACCAUUAACUGGGCAGAGCUGAUCACACCCUUUGUGCCCCGUGGCACCUUCCAGGCAACUUCCAGGCAGGUUGCAGCAGCAGUUACUUUCAAUGCAUCUUUGGAUGUGAUCAUUUCCUGUACGACCAGUGGUGCAAACACGAUGGUGCUGGCCUGGAGAGAGAAAUCAAAAGAGUGUCUGAAAGUGACACCCUUCCACAUUGCCCAGGGCAUUCAUGCUUUUGAUUACCACUCUCAGCUCAAUAUAAUUGCAACUGCUGGCAUUAAUAAUAAAGUUUGCCUUUGGAAUCCCUACAUGGUGUCUAAGCCAGUUGGUGUCCUUUGGGGUCACUCAGCCAGUGUCAUAGCCGUCCAGUUCUUUGUGGAAAGGAAACAACUUUUCAGCUUUUCCAGAGAUAAAGUGCUGAGACUCUGGGAUAUCCGACACCAGCUGUCCAUCCAGAGGAUAGCUUGUCCUUUCCCCCAAAGUCAGGACUUCAGAUGUCUCUUCCACUUUGAUGAAGCCCACGGACGACUUUUCAUCUCAUUCAAUAACCAGCUGGCCUUGUUGGCAAUGAAAAGUGAAGCUAGGCAGAGGGUGAGGAGCCACGAGAAGGCGGUCACCUGUGCUCUGUACAGCUCUGCCCUGAAGCAGGUAAUCAGCUCUGAUGUGGGGUCUACAGUUUCCUUCUGGGUAAUAGACACCGGGCAGAAAAUCAAACAGUUUACUGGUUGCCAUGGCAACGCAGAAAUCAGCACGAUGGCCCUUGAUGCAAAUGAGACGCGGCUUUUGACUGGCAGCACAGAUGGGACCGUGAAGAUAUGGGACUUCAACGGAUAUUGUCACCACACGCUGAUUGUUGGGCAAGACGGAGCUGUGGAUAUUUCACAGAUCCUGGUUCUCCAGAAGACAGUCCUGGUCACAGGCUGGGAGAGGGCCCUGACUGUGUUUCGACCCCAGAACUUCGGUGGAUUUUUCGUCCAGUCUGAAGAGUGGAAGGGCGGAGUGCAGCACCGUGACGACAUCUUGUGUGUGGCGUUUCUACCUCCACAAACUCUCGCGACAGGGAGUUAUGAUGGAGAAAUUGUUCUGUGGAACAGCAGCACGGAGAACGAAAUUGUAUACAGCUCUGUACAGAUUUUUUAUAACCAUGCGGUCAUCGGAGAUUCUGAGAUGAAUUUCUCCAAACCUCAAAAACUUCCCAGUGCUGGGAGAAACCACUCCAGUCAGCCCAUGGCAGCCCAGUCUCCCACAGGAGUCCACACCUCUCAGACUGACACUGAGGGCAGUAAUGCCGUGAUGAGACUUUGCUUCCUUAAGGCAAGAAAAGACGUUGUAGCAACAGGUAAAAUAUGUAUCUAUACUUUGCAAGUAGUUGAAAAGGGAGCAUGUCACAUCACUGUAAUCAUUCAACUCUGGGAUUUUCUCUCUCAGGAGUACUGUCUUCAUUCCAAUAAGAACAAAAUCACACAGGCCCCGACUCUGGUGAGAUGCUUCCGGCCUCAUGAGGACCGAGUCAGUUCCCUGGAGGUGUGUGAGCUGCGUGGCCGGUUGCUGGUCAUCUCCUCCUCCGCGGACGGCUGUGUCUGUGUGACUGACGUCUGCAGUGCUCCUGUCUGGAUCUUCGGUCAGGCAAAGCACUGGCAUAUUGAAAACCAUCUUUCCCUUCCUAAAAGAGAUCCUAAUUUAAUGGAAAGUAAGAUUCAAGAGGAAAUUCCUUUAUUGUCUAAGGAAGAAUCAUGCUUAGACUCAACAGAAAAUUUUCUACUCGAGAAAGACAAAGAUGACUCAGUGCACAUUGUCAGACCAUCGGAAGACAUAAAUUUAAGUAUGAAAUAUAAGGAAAGACAUACCUGUGAGAAAAAAGCACAGAAACAUUACUACGAUGAAGCUAUAAAGAAAUCAGGCAGCACAUUUAGGUCGUUAAGCCUCGGUACCCUGAAGGAGUUGCCGGACGUGAAUAAGCCCAUCUUCCUUCUAGACCCUGAGAAAUGCUUCAGGAAAGAGCCAGAGGAGAAGAGUCCCCAAAUUCCAGAGCUCCCCUCACUUUCUGGAACUUUGAAAGCUGUAUUUGAUGAGAAAAGUCUGUUUCCUGAAGAACUUCUGGAUCACGAACAAAAAGCCAAGCAAUUAUUUCAAGGAACAAGUGAUAAAGUGAAGAAAAAAAGAAAUAAGAAGAAAUUAUAA